AUGGAACAAAGGCGACGCGAUUGUCGGGUGGAGCUAAAUGCUAAACUCGCUUUCAUUGCGGUAUCGCUGUUGUUCGGGAGAGCAGUUUGGGCACAAAUACGGUACUCGAUCUCGGAGGAACAAAAGGACGGAGCUGCUGUUGGAAAUAUCGCGAAGGAUUUGGGAAUCGAUCACAGGACACUGAAGGAUCGGGGAUUUCGCAUUGUGUCGACCUCAGGCGAGUCCAUGUUUAGUGUAAAUCAGAAUGACGGUGUCUUGUAUGUGAACGGAAAGAUAGACAGAGAGGAGGUCUGCGAGAGAAGCACUCCAUGUUUAAUUAAUCUGAAAAUCGCUCUACAAAACCCCCUAGAAAUACACUAUGUUACUGUAGAGAUACUGGAUGUGAACGAUCACAGUCCGCGAUUUCCAGAGAACGAAAAGCGGCUGGAAAUCUGGGAGUCUGCUAUGCCGGGCGCGCGAUAUCCGCUACAGGCAGCGCGUGAUCCCGAUAGUGGAGCUAAUUCUGUUCAGACAUAUAAACUCAGCCAAAACGAGCAUUUUCGCCUUGAAGUUAAAGACCGAGAAGAAGAUGGUAAAAUUCCAAUUCUUAUUUUACACAAGACGCUUGAUAGAGAAGUGAUGAAACACAUUAAAUUAGAGCUUACUGCUUUAGAUGGGGGAAGACCCCCUAAGUCUGGUUCAUUAGAAAUAUUUAUUGACGUCCUAGAUAUUAACGAUAAUUCACCUGUUUUUACCAAAGACUCUUACACAGUUACUUUGAAUGAAAACGCACCUGUAGGCACAACAAUUGUACAGGUCAAUGCCACUGAUUUUGACGAGGGUAAAAACGGAGAAGUGGUUUACGCAUUGGGGAAUAAUGUCAACAACAAUUUACGCAGACUUUUUAGAGUAAAUUCAAUCACUGGGGAAAUUAUUUUAAUGAAUCUUUUAGAUUUUGAGGUCAAGGAUAAAUAUGAAAUUGAUAUUCAGGCAUCUGACAAAGGAACAGUCCCACUUGCGACAGAUAAAAGUGUUAUAAUAAAAAUCGUCGAUGUAAAUGAUAAUUCGCCUGAAAUAGAGGUGACAUCCUUUUCAAGCGACAUUCCAGAGGACUCUAGACCUGGCACUACAGUGGCUUUAAUUAGUGUCACUGAUUUAGACGCUGGACUCAAUGGUAAAAUCUCCUGCUCAAUAUCUGAAGAUAUUCCUUUUAAACUAAUGUCUUCAUCACAAGAUAAUAUUUAUUCUUUGGUUACAUCUGGAUUACUUGACAGGGAAACUAAAUUUCAGUUUGACAUAACAAUAGUUGCAAAAGAUUUGGGACAGCCAUCAUUAUCAUCUGUUAAAACUAUAACUGUUCUGAUCUCAGAUGUUAAUGACAACAGUCCGGAAUUCACAUUUUCUCCAUAUGUGUUUUAUGUGAUGGAGAAUAAUGCUCCGGGCAAAUCUUUAUUUUCUGUAUCUGCCUCUGACAAAGACACAGGUGAAAACAGUGUUGUCAGCUAUCAGAUAUGGAGAGAUGGUGGUGCAGAAAACAAGUUUACAUCUUUCAUUAAUAUUAACUCUGAAAAUGGGGAGAUUUAUGCCCUGAAGAGUUUUGAUUUUGAAACUUCCAAAACGUUUCAGUUCCACAUACUCGCCACAGACUCUGGAAGUCCAUCUCUGAGCAGUAACGUGACAGUGAACGUGUUUAUUCUGGAUCAGAACGACAACGUUCCAGUGAUCUUAUAUCCAGUCAGCGCUAACGGUUCUGCUGAGGGUGUGGAAGAGAUUCCCCGUAAUGUGAACGCAGGUCAUUUGGUGACUAAAGUCAGAGCCUAUGAUGCAGAUAUAGGAUACAACGGCUGGUUAUUAUUCUCACUGCAGGAAGUUAGUGAGCACAGUCUCUUUGCUUUGGACCGCUAUACAGGACAGAUAAGGACCCUUCGCUCAUUCACAGAAACAGACGAGGCCCAGCAUAAACUGCUCAUACUGGUCAAAGACAAUGGGAACGUUUCCCUCUCAGCAACAGCGACUGUGAUUGUCAAAGUUGUGGAGCCCAAAGAGGCUUUUGCAGCUCCUGAUGGUAAAAACACAGUAAAAGACGAGGAGGAAAACAACGUCACAUUUUAUUUGAUCAUCACUUUGGGCUCGGUUUCAGUGCUUUUCGUCAUCAGCAUCAUCGUGUUGAUUGUAAUGCAGUGCUCCAAAUCUACAGACUAUUCGUCCAAGUAUUUACAGGACGCAAAUUAUGACGGGACUCUGUGUCACAGCAUCCAGUACAGAUCUGGAGACAAACGCUACAUGUUAGUUGGACCCAGAAUGAGUAUCGGCUCUACUAUAGCACCAGGCAGUAAUAGGAAUACUCUAGUCAUACCAGAUCGCAGGAGGAGGGAUUCUGGAGAGGUAAGAAACAAAACAGAUAUUUGCUAUAUGUUUACGGCUGAGUGA